AUGCAUCCUAAACCCUCACACUAACUGCUCCUGACAAGCUGGCCUUGCAUGGUUGGCUCCGCCAUCGGUGUGUGAAUGUGUGUAGCUUUAGAUACAAGCGUCUGCUAACUGCCCUGAAUGCAAUCAGCUUUUAUGCUAAUUAUGUUAUAACCAUUUGUUAUGCUAUGUUAAAGCCCUCGUCCUUGCUCACUAUUCUAUAACCAUGAAUGCUCACUGGGCAGUUGCCAGCUUCUACGCCAACUAUGCAUGAGCGAGCUUGGAUCCAUACUAGGCUUGAUGCACCUUCCUCUAAGCAAACCAUGCCAUCUCCCGGUCAUCCCAUUCAGCUGCCCUUGGAGAUGGACGACGCCGAGACCGGCCUGCUCAGCGCCAUCUGCCUGCUGUGCGGAGACCGACAGGACCUGGAGCAGUCCGAUAAGGUGGACGUUCUUCAGGAGCCCUUGUUGGAGGCUCUGAAGAUCUACGUGAGGAGGAGGAGGCCGGACAAGCCCAGCAUGUUCCCCAAGAUGCUGAUGAAGAUCACCGACCUCCGGAGCAUCAGCGUCAAGGUGAACUGGCACCAGCAGCAGGAGGGAGAGGAGAGGCAGUGGGUGCACCAAGAGGGAGAGUUGGAAGAGGAAGAGCAGGGAGAGGAAGAGCUGUGAGAGGAGGUGCAGCUGGAAGAGGAAGAGCUGUGAGCGGAGGUGCAGCUGGAAGAGGAAGAGCUGGCAGAGGAGGGGCUAGGAGGGGGAGAAGAGGAAGAGCUUUGUGAUGUGAUGCUGCAGCUGGACUUUGAUCUUCAUUUCUCCUGUGGGGAAUAUAUAUAUUUAAUUUGUAACACAUUUUUGGGAAGUGGGUUGACCAGUUGCACAUUGUAAUUCUUCUGUAAAUAUUAAACAGAAAGGUUUUUCAUGUA